UGGUGUGAGGAGGCCGGCCCGGGGCGUGGCCCCACAGCCAUGUCGGAGGGGCCGGCGGGAAUGGCGGCCCCGGCGGCGAUGGCGGAGACGCGGCUGCGGCGGAAGCAGCUGCUGAGCGCGGAGGAAGCGGAGCUGUUCGAACUGGCGCAGGCGGCGGGCAGCGGGCUGGACCCGGAGGUGUUCCGGGUGCUGCUGGACCUGCUGCGCAUGAACGUGGCGCCGCUCGCCGUGUUCCAGGUGCUGAAGUCGAUGUGCGCCGGGCAGCGGCUCCCGCCGGCAGCCGAGAGCGGCCCCGCCGCGCCGGCGCCGAUCCCCGCCGACAGCCGAGGGAGAAAUAAAAGCAGCUGUGCUGUGGGUGGCUCCCAGGUUGUGGCCGAGAGAAGCAGCCGGGAA